CGAAGCGGCGCUGCUCUGUCUGUCGGUCGGUCGUUCAGUCUGUCGGUCUGUCUGUCUUGUCUUUCUCUCUCUCUUCGUCUCUCCCCAGGAUUUAUGGACUUUACUUUCUAGAGGGCGGCGCCGCAAGGAUGAGAACCCAGCUGUUAUGUGUCAUGCUGCUGGCCUUGGCCUCCUGCAGCUUCUGCUCAGAUUCAGAAGAGGAAAUGAAAGCGUUAGAAGCAGAUUUAUUGACCAAUAUGUACACAUCAAAGAUUAACAGAGCAAAACUUCCUUACUGGAAAAUGACCUUGCUAAAUGUCUGCAAUCUUGUCAACAACAUAAACAACCAAGUGGGGGAUACAGUAGAGGUAGAUGAAGAGGAUCUCGUUUCAGGAAGACAGUUUCCUGCUGCUCUGGAUGGCUUCAGCUUGGAAGCAAUGCUGACAGUAUAUCAACUUCAAAAAGUUUGCCACAGCAGAACCUUUCAGCAUUGGGAGUUACUUCAGCAAGAUGCUUUUGAUCUAGACACCUCAAGCCAAGACAAGGAAAUAAUGAAAAGAAAAAAUCCCUAUAUUCUGAAACGGCAGCUACAUGUGAACAAAGCUAGAAGACCAUACAUACUCAAAAGAAGUUCAUAUUACUGAUGCAGCAGAAGAAAAUAAUGUAUAUUUAGUUUCUAGGUUACUGUGUGUUAUGGUUAUCUUAUUUAAAUCUAAAAUCAUACUUGUGUGAAAAUAUAUUAUGGAAAAUCAUCAGGUUGAUAACAUAACUGUCUUUUUUGCAAUUGUUGUUUUGAUUGUGAUUUUUCCUACUUGAGAUUAAUUGGACCAAUACAUUUGCAAAUAAAUUAGUUUCUAAGCAUGAUGUAUUGUACGAAACUGAGAUUUCAGUGUAUUUCCAACAAUAUUGUAGUCUUUUCCUAUUUUAUAAAGCACAUCAACAUAAACUAAGUAAAAUUGAUACUGUUCAUAAACCCUACUGAGAAUCUUACAAUUUCCUAAUGGAACACCUCAUAUAUACACUUGAAAAUUUUUAUAUAAUAUACUAGUCAGAACUAGCACAAUAUUUUAUAUAUUGGCCAGUUGAAUUUAUUAGGGAUUAGGUCGAAGGAAAGAAACAAAUGCUAUCAUCUAUUAAAUGGAAGUUUCAAAAUUCAUGUUUUAAAUAGCCUGCAUGUAAAUGAAUUUUUAUUUUUUGACUCUUAACUUGCCACUGAAUAUUCAUAAUUUAAGAAAACUAUACAUAAAUGAGACUUUAAGAAAAUAUGCUAGUGAGAACAAACCCUGCUUUAGAGUCUUGUGUAUCACUGACUAAAUAUGAAAAGAGUUUAUUAAAUCAGUAAAAGAAUUUACAGUGUUUACCUAAUGAAUGAAUGCUCAGGAAAAAAAAAAUAAAGAAAAAAAAUAAAAAU